AGAGAGGAGGCUAACAUUUAGCAAGCAAGCUGUUAGGUAGCAGCUGAAGCUUGUAAAAAAAAAAAAAAAAAAAAAACUCGUGCUCCAUCUACAAAUCAAUGACAAGAACAUCAAAUUUAUAAAUAUGCUGCCUGGAUCAUAACUGAUUGUUGUUUAUUUCAACCCAACUUAUUACCUUUGACGCUUCGUGAAGUUACGAGUGAUCCGAAACGCUUGAAACUUAAACUGUGGGGCAAUGGACUCAGAUAGACUGAAGCGAAGAGAGGAAAUCCAGAAAGCAAUGAGUUUUAUUCAGUCUUCAUUACCUUUCCCAGAGCCAGAGAAUUAUCAGGCUUUUCUGACCCAGUUGGUGUGUAACCUCCUGGAUGAGGGCAACUCGUGCUUCCGGCGAGACAGCGACUGCCGUCAGGCAGCUCAGCAAUACGGAGAAGGCAUCAGCGUAGCCCGUUACGCCCAAGCCGAAGCCCUCGUCAUCCCCCACAAGCUGAUGGAGAGCCUCUAUGUUAACAGGGCGGCUGCCUUUUAUCAAAUUAGGGAAUUCGAGCGCGGCGUUCAGGACUGUGAUAGCGCGUUGUAUGUAUCCGAAGGCAGUCGAAAGGCUCUCUACCGCAAAGCACUAUGUCUGAGGGAAAUGGGACGACUCAGAGAGGCGUACGAGUGCGGCACCAAAUGUCUACUCACUGAGCCACAUGACAGACAGGUAUGUGAUCUGGCUCAGGAUCUGGCCAAUAAGCUGGGCCUUAAGGGCCGAAAAGCUUACAUCAGCCAGUCGGAGUCCACGGCCGCGGAGGGGGAGAGUCUUGGCGAGACAUCUGCACCCACUGGAGAGUUGUCUUCCAAUGGAAUGGAAUCGCUGGGUGAGAUGGGAGCAGAAGACCUGUCCAACGCUCAGUGCAUCCCAGCACCUCUGGCCACGCCCAUCCCAGUCAGCGACGAUCCCUCGGUCCUGACCCCGUGCGCAGACUUGUCCGAGAGCCCCGGCAGCCAAUCCCAGCCACCGAUGCCGUUCUCCGUCCCCGUGUCUGAACAUAUGGACGAAUGCGGCAGCGUAAUUAAGGACGAGCACCACAGUCUCCUGGAGUCCAUUCCCAAGAAAGUGAGUGAGAGUCCCGCAGGCGCCAUUCCCACCAACCUUCCAAACACAGCGGUGGGUCUGCGGCCUCCAUACUCCCCCAACCUCCCCGCUCCGUCAACCCAGCUCGCCCCCACCUUCUUCAGCUCCUCCAUCAGUGACCUACCCGAACUGGAGCCUUUCUCGCAGCCAGACCAAGGCUCCACCCAAGCGCAGGACGCUUUGGGAGGCUUCUCAAGUGGAGCCACGGAUGGAGAUGGCAAAGCUGGGCUUGUUUCUGGCGGGCUCGACUCUUUAUCCGAGUACACUUUGCCCGGGGGACGAGUGUGUCACAGCUUCAUCCCCGGGAUGCGCAACCACGGCUCUGCGCAAGCAAAUGGCCCAGCGGGAACAAACCUCUCCAUGCUGUCCAGAAAUCCUUUGGCUGGCACACACGAGUUUCGUCAGGCCUGCCACGCCUGUUACAGUCGAAUAGGUCCGCGAGUGAUGGACUACAAAUACCAGCCAGAAGCAGCACAUCGAUGUAAGCGGGACGUCCUGCUGUGUCGCCUUAAAAAUAAUGACGACCACACCUGGAAGAGGAUUCGGCCCCGUCCUGCACGCAACAACUUCUUAGGGGCCUUUGUACUGUGUAAAGAGGUCCAGGAACGCCAAGAGUGCCAGUACGGUGAGAACUGUACCUUUGCAUACUGCCAGGAGGAAAUCGACGUAUGGACACAGGAGAGGAAGGGCGCGCUGAGCCGAGAGCUGCUGUUCGACCCCCUGGGGAGCACGGAGAGACGUGCUCUCAGUGUCACUAGACUGCUGCAGCUCCACAUGGGCAUGUUCAUGUUCCUCUGUGAGGAAUGUUUUGAUAGUAAGCCCCGCAUCAUAAGCAAGCGCAGCAAAGAAAACUUGGCGGUGUGUUCCAACCUCACAGCUCGACACCCUUUUGAUGACAAUAAGUGCCUGGUGCAUGUGGUGCGGUCAGCCAAUGUGCGCUACAGCAAGGUGCGCCCUCUCCACCCCCUCUGCCAGUUUGAUGUGUGUCGUCACGAGGUUCGCUACGGCUGCCAGCGUGAGGACAGCUGCUCCUUUGCACACUCGGUCAUAGAACUCAAAUGUUGGGUGCUUCAACAAGACAGCGGCAUUACCCAUGAAGAAAUGGUGCAGGAGUCCAAAAGACACUGGCAGAGAUUAGAGCAGAAUGCACAGAAGCAGCAGAGGCCAAUCCAUAUUCCCCACCCGAGCAGCAGCAUGCCUGUUGGCGGACUCGGGGCGAUGGGUAUCGGAGCGGGCGGCGCGGGUGGUGGCGACGGCCUCGGCGUUGGUGGCAUCCCUUCUGUGGUAGGGAUGGGGGUAGGAGCGCUAGGAGGCGGGGCCGGGCGGGGCCGCCCCCUCAACCUGAAAAUGAAGUUCGUGUGCGGCCAAUGCUGGCGGGAGGGGCAGGUGAACGAGCCUGACAAGAACCUCAAGUACUGCACCGCCAAAGCACGGCAUAGCUGGACGAAGGAGCGUCGAGUGUUGCUGGUGAAAUCCUUUGAGAAGAAGAAGUGGGUUGUCGUUCGGCCUCUCCCUUUCUCCCGCACCUAUCCACAGCAAUAUGAUAUGUGUGUGCACGUGAUGAAGCAGAAAAAGUGCCACUAUAUUGGCAACUGCUCGUUCGCCCACAGCUUGGAAGAAAGAGACGUCUGGACGUACAUGAAGAACAACAGUUUGAGGGACAUGCAGCAGAUGUACGAGCUGUGGCUACAGCUAACCAAUCAGAGUAGACGCGCAGACAGUACCGCCAUGACCCCGCCCCCGGAUGACAAGCAGGUCACCAUAACGGCCGACUACAGCGAGAGCAUGGGAGGCCGGCGGUUGUCCAACGGAGACGACCUCUGAGAAUCGCCCAAUCGCCGCCGAGACAGGAGAUGAGCCAGCCGUACCGGCAACAACUGAGCAGCCCGUCAUCUCACUAGUCCGACCUCUUGCCUUGCGGGAGCUCAUGUAAACACAAUUUCUACACACGCGCUCACAAACACACACAUUUACAUAACACAAAGCCACAAAUCUCAGCCAUCAAUCAAAACUUUGAAGAAGCUUUGUUUCCGCAAUACCUGUAGGUUCCCCUCUGUCGGAUUUCCCUGCAGGGUGCAUUUCUCGUUGACUGAAGUAAUAAUCGCAAUAACGUAAGAACUUUUUUUUUUUUCUUCUUGUUUUUAAAUCCUCGCAGCACCUAAGCAAUUCUCCAAUGAGCGCGCUGGCCGCAGUUCUUAACGUUUUGCUUGGCAAUAAUGGAAAAUUCUCUUGAAGAAUGGAGCUGUCAUGCUAAAAGUUGACCUUUUCAACUCAAUAGUGCCAAAAAAAAACACUUUUUGAGACCCAAGUAAGCGUAAUUAAAACAAAGGGUCUGAUGGUUAGUGUGCUGCAGUGUGAUCAAAUUCUGGGGUUUUUUGUUUUUGGUUUUUUUUUUUCAUCGGGAGUUGUACUUCCUCGUUAUAUUGUCUGCCAUAUUGGUAGGGCACUUUGAAUGUAACGCCUGAACGGGCCUUUAAAAUGGGGAAAAUCGAUCAAUCAGCGAGGAAAAAAAAAA